GGGAAGAGAAGCGGUUUCCGGAAGCGCGCCCCCUGGAUAGUCCCGCCUCUUCCUCCAGGACGGUAUAUAAGAGCGAUGCGUCACUUCCGCCCCCUCUUCCACGGGAGGCCUGCACGCCGCCGACUGUGCCGCCGCCAUGUCUCUAGUGAUCCCUGAGAAGUUCCAGCACAUUCUGCGAGUACUCAACACCAACAUCGAUGGGCGGCGGAAAAUAGCCUUUGCCAUCACUGCCAUUAAGGGUGUGGGGCGGAGAUAUGCUCAUGUGGUGUUGAGGAAAGCAGACAUUGACCUCACCAAGAGGGCUGGAGAACUCACGGAGGACGAGGUGGAACGUGUGAUCACCAUCAUGCAGAAUCCACGACAGUACAAGAUCCCAGACUGGUUCUUGAACAGACAGAAGGAUGUGAAGGACGGGAAGUACAGCCAGGUUCUGGCCAACGGUCUAGACAACAAGCUUCGGGAGGACCUGGAGCGUCUGAAAAAGAUUAGAGCCCACAGGGGGCUGCGCCACUUUUGGGGCCUUCGUGUCCGAGGUCAGCACACCAAGACCACUGGCCGCCGGGGCCGUACUGUGGGUGUUUCCAAGAAGAAAUGAGUCCCUGGGCCUUUGCUGUUAAUAAAUAGUUUAUAUGCCUGUG